AAGUUUUCUUUGUAGAUCCGACUAAUUUUGUACACAGAAUAGUACGGUGCAGUACGUGAUUAUUAUGAGAAGGAUUCUUCAAAAUAGUCGUGAGAAUAUUAUCGCGUUUCAUUUCAAAAUUUUGCGUUUAGUAUGUAUAGAUGGCAUUAUGAAUGCAUAUAAAUAUGUUGAUACUAUAAAUGAAAGUUUAAAGGAAUCAAUUUUAAGAAUUGGCCUCAAAUGAAAAAUGGACGCUACAACAAGAUAACGAUUCAAAACAUACCGCUAAGAAAAUAAAGCAAUUUUUUCAAAACUGUAAAAUAAAGGUUCUGGAAUGACCUCCACAAAACCCAAACCAUAAUGUGAUAGAAAAUUUGUGGAGUAUAUUAGAUGCAGAAAGUCUUUUAGAAAAAUUUAAUAAUAAACAAAUCCUUUUAAAAGAACUACAACUGAAAGUUCAACAAAUUGACAAAAACUACUUAGAAAAGCUUAUUAAAAGCAUAUCAUGACGGUUAAAGACCGUUAUAAAAGCCAAAGGUUCCAAUACCAGAUACUAAUUACCGAGUCUUUAUGUUGCAAACUGUUACCUAUUAUAGUAUUGCAUUAAUAGGAGGCCUCACUGUCUUGGCAUUUAUUGUCUCUUGUGAAAGAGUAAGAUAUCAUAUCAAAUUUUCCUUCUUUAUUGCAAUUCUUGGUACACUACCGUCUUUAUAUAUACCGUUUAUGUUGCUAAGAGUGAAAGACUGGAGAAAUGCAAUUCCAGUCGUAUGGACUAUAAAAUUAUGUGCGAAAUUAAUGGGAGUAACAUUUCAUAUACGCGGAAAAGAAAACCUUGUUCAAGAUUCUGGCAGUAUUAUUUUAAUCAACCAUCAGAGUAUAUUAGACAUAGCUGUUGUAUCUGAUCUGUGGUUAAUGAAUAGAAGAUGUGCUGUUAUUGCCAAGAAAGAGAUACUAUUUUUUGGAUCAUUUGGCAUUGCAGCCUGGCUUUGGGGAACUAUUUUUAUUAGUAGACAGAAAAGCAAGGAAGCUCAUAACAUUAUGAAUAAUACAGCACAAAUUAUAAAAGAUACAAAGACAAACCUUUUCAUAUUUCCGGAGGGCUCUCGACAUUCAAAUCCCAAGUUGUUACCUUUUAAAAAAGGAGCUUUUCAUAUUGCAAUCGCAACGCAGUUCCCAAUUCAACCAGUAGUGGUUUCUAAAUACUAUUUUUUGAAUUCUAAAUGGAAAAUAUUUAAUUCAGGUAUAAGUUGCGUUACGAUUUUACCUCCCAUUCCUACUGAAGGUUUAAACAAGGACGAUCUUCCACUAUUAGUGGAAAAAGUAUAUGAAUGUAUGAACAGUGAAUUUAUUAAAACGUCGCAGGAAAUUCUAGGCGAACACAUAAAUUCUUUUAAAGCUAAUUAAUACUAUAAAUAGGUAAAAUGUUUAGAGUAAAGAAUUUAAAUAAUUCUUAAUAGGUAUGUAAAAAUACAUCAACAAAUACCCAUACCAAAUUAUAUAUAGGUAUAUAAAUAAGCGCGAAUUAAAACAUUUUUGUAAAAUAAAUUAAUGAAAUUGUUGAUGUAGCUGUACCUACUCUACAUAGUUUCAUACAACGGAUUCUUAUAUUUUUCAGAAUUCAGUGCCAAUAACUUUGUAUUUGCAUCAAUUCUAGAAAUACUUUGCACUCUUUGAUGAUACUUAUUGUUAGUAGAUUCGUACCUCACACAGAAUGAACAAUUGCAGAUUAUGUAUAUCAUAGGAUACAAUUCAACAACAAAAUUGUGUACAUAAGUGGAUACUAUGAUCAAUAAUAUAUUAUUGUUAACUCUAAUACUCAUUUUAAUGCUGACACUGUUAGCUCUAAUAAAUUUUGAUGAUUUCGAAAUAUGCUUCGUUUGUCCAAUCUUUACCUGCCCGACUCGAAUUCGAAAUGUUGAGUACUUGCAUAUCUGUAAUUAUCUAUAUACAUGUAUACAAAGGUGUUCAAAGUGUAAGAUAAUUGAUGUUCUCAUACAAACAGGAUUUUAUUGUCACAAAAAAUAAUAUAACAAACGUCUGAAUACAGGAAAGAAAAACUAAGUACACACUCCCUUUCGUUCUCACUCUUUAUGUAUCUCAUGUACAAUUCGCCCGUACAAAAUCGACUAUUUCUGCAAUCUAUCUUGUUUUCCGAGGCCAACCACGGUCA